ACAUCGUGACAACAGCUUAAUGACAGUAUCCUGAUUACACUUCACUAACAGUCUGUUUCCUAACUUAGACCCAUGACAAAUUAGACUAGUUUGAUAGUAGUGCACCGUGACUGGCGGAUGAACUCUCGCAAAAUGUGCGAUCGUCUGCUUAUGGUUUUGUUGUUGGUGCCAGGCGUCUGCUUUUCGGUAGCAGACGGCACUCCCUUGGAUGAUUACGUCAACACUCCAGAUUCUCACUACACAUGGAAAGCGCUGGAGUGGACCUACAAAGGGGAAGGGUAUACGCUGCAUCUUGUCAACAUGACGUCACAGAAAUGGCUUACCGAGAACGAGGUCGACCGUCCAGUGUGGUUCCACUACAUCGUGAUCGCCGUGCCUGACGUCAUCGUCCACAAAGAUACCGCCUUCAUGUACAUCUCCGGCCGCGGCAACUCAUACGACUACACACCUGACGUAACCGACCACUUCGUGUCGUUUAUCUCGAUGAUGGCCGUCAGUACUGGAACCGUGACCGCCAACCUGAGACAGAUUCCCAACCAACCGCUCUACUUCAAGAAUGACCCACAGUACAAGAGACGAUCAGAAGAUGCGAUCAUCGCUUGGACGUGGAGGAUGUUCAUGGACAACCCUUCAAAACCAGAAUGGCUAGUCAGACUGCCAAUGACAAAAGGUUCCGUACGAGCGAUGGAUACCAUUAGCGCGUUUGCCAAGACAGUCAAGUCAGAGACAGACAUUAAGAAAUUUGUCGUGUGUGGAGAAUCAAAGCGCGGCUGGACAACAUGGACAACGGCAGCAGUGGACAAAAGAGUUAUUGCCAUAUCACCAAUAGUCAUGGAUUUGUUGAACAUGGUGAAGAAUCUACACCAUCAUUAUCGUUCCUUGGGUGGGUGGACGUUUGCCUUCAACGACUACUACCAGGAGAACAUCACCGCCAGCCUCGACGACAAAGCUACGCAGCAGCUGGCCGAUAUCGUCAACCCAUACAGUUACCUAGAUCGACUUACCAUGCCUAAAUACAUUGUGACGACCGGUGGAGACGAGUUCUUCUUGCCUGAUGAUUCUUAUUAUUAUUUACAAAACCUUCCGGGUGAAAACUACCUGAGAGUCAUACCCAACGCUGAACAUAGCUUAACGGGUCACCGUGUAUCUUUGUUCUUGGGCAUGAGGGCCUUUUAUCUCAGUGUUCUAGAGAACAUAAAUCGACCAAAUAUUACAUGGAAUAGAGAAGUGUACAAAGAUGGUGGACGUAUCACCGUGUACACAGACAGAAAACCCGAUCUAAUUCGUUAUCACUAUGCCACAACAAUGGGAGGCAGCAGACGGGACUUCCGUUUGGCGGUUGCAGAUCCAAACAACCCAGAUGGAUUUCGCCCACAGCCAGUCAUAUGGAAAGCUGAUGCCGUGAAGAAGAAGAGUGACACAGAAUACACCGUAUAUCAGGGUAAUCCAGUAGUUGGCUGGAAAGCUUUCUUCAUAGAGAUGACAUUUAAAGGUCCAGACGACAGUGAAUUUGAGUUUACCACAGAAACCCAGAUAAUUCCAGACACGUUUGCUGUCCCCGACUGUCAUGGUAUCGAAUGUCGUGGAACACUGGUAUGACGAGUCUCGAUCGGGAUCUUGGUGCGAUGAAAUGCAAUCAGUCAACUAAUUUAUUUUAAACAUUAAUGUGUAACAGUAUAUUGAAUAAAAUCUGAAUAAAAAAAUAGAUAGCUUACUUUUGACUUCAUUUAAAAUAUACAAAGUAUUGCCCUUGAUACUGUAAGACUUUGUUAAUAAAGAAAUGAAAAUUUG